AUGGUGAUCUCGGCGGAGCCGCCGCCCGCGGCUCUGCCGUCGGAUCCCACCGCGGGAGGCGGCGCCGGGGAGGCGGGGGGCGCGGCCGUGGAGGCGGUGAUUACGCCGUCGAGCGCGCGCCGCGGGGCCCUGUCGUCGCUCCCGUCGACGCUCAAGACGUGGGGGAGCCACCGGAUGCUGCGCUGCGCCCCCGUCAACCGCGCCGGCGACGCCAUCGCCCCGGCCAGGCGGUCCUCCUCGCAGCAGCUCGACGAGGUCAGCGAGAGGCUCCUUCUCGGCCUCCGCGAGGCUUCGGCGGCGGCGGCGGCGGCGCCCGGCGUUGGCAGCGCCGCGGAGGACGACGAGUCCCCGGGGGCCGGCGAGGCGGCCUCUCCGCGUCCGUCGAAGGCGCGCACCCGACGACGCCGCCGCGCCUUGAUGCCGUCCCCCGCGCCCGGCGCGAGCGCCUCGCCCCAGGCGUCGGAGCGCGAGCGGAGGCUGGUCCGCGCCGACGCGCUCGACAGGGCGCGGUUCUCCGCGACGCUCUCCGCCGAGGAGAUCGAGGAGGACGUGUACGCGCUGACCGGCGCGCGCCCGCGCCGCCGCCCCCGGCGCCGCCGGCCCCGCGCCGUGCAGAAGCAGCUCGAUAUGCUACUUCCCGGCGCGUGGCUAUCGGAGAUCACCGCCGAGUUCUACCGGGUGCCGGACGAUCGCUGA